ACGAAAGAGGCGGGAAUUGGUAAUUUGGUAUUUAGGAUGGGAGUUUGUCAACACCGAGCUGCACGGAAGUAGACAAGCAUAAUCAGCAGCUGUAGUAUAUACUCGCUUCUCUUUUCUUUCUUAUUUCCUCCUACUCUUCAUGCUUUAACAGAAUAAAUCAACUUCAGACAUCAUGUCUGAGAAAUCAAAAUCCAGGACUGGUGGACCAGCUGCCAAGAGGGUGAAGGCUGGUGGCAGAGGAGUGCCACUUCGGAAAAUUGAAUACAAAUUUGACGCCAGUUAUCGGUUCGGUGAACGCCCAGUUGAGAAAGUUGACGACCCUUCGGAUUUUCAUCCACAGUACUUUCUGCGGACACACUCCAAGAACAAUGACCCAGCUGAUGUACAGACACAGAUAUGGCAGUGUUCGUUUGAACCAAACCCAGAGAAGGCUCACUCCAUGACCAAUGUGGUGGCAACAUGUGGUGGCUCAUCUGUGUGUUUCAUCAACGUGGAUGAUGGUGAAGUGGUGCUCAAGUAUAAUCGUAGCACAAAAAUGGCAACAGCAGGAGAGAACUUAUAUGCACAGGUAUGGACGACUCUUCCUCUAGACAGCAUGGGCCUGGAAACUAUGAAUAUUUUAGCUGCUGCUGGUGCUCGCUCCACUGUUUUACUCAUUCAUCCGGAGGUUGGCGUCUGCUACCAGAUGUUUCGUACUGUGCCAAAUAAAGCUGCAGCUGUAGUCUGUGCUCUUUUGUUCCAUCCCAAGAAAGCCGCAUGGUUAUUCUGUGGGCAUGAGGAUGGACAGAUACAGUUGUGGGAUGUGGGCAUUCCUGCCCUGCCCAGGUAUGACACAACACCAGUGCAUCUUCUGACAAUUCCAGCUGUGGCGAGGGAUGUCUAUAACUUAACCUUUUCAUGUACUCAUGACUUGCUUAUUGCUGGCUGUGAUGGAGGAUUGUUUGGAUGGAAGAUUGACAUGCAGAAGAUUGAGACUAAUGACAGAUUAGAACGUACUGAGUUUCUGCUUCCAGAAGUAGAUGGAAAUGGUUCUGUUUUAGACUCUGUAUGUAUGCUACGUGAUGAUUUGUUAGCUGCUAAGUGUGCACUUCAUGGCCAGAUCUACAUCUUCUCCAUAUCACGAUCCUUGAAGAAGAGGACCAUGGCCAAGUCUGGCAGUCAGUUUGAGACUCAAGUGACUGAUGACUUGAUGCUCAAACUUAAAUGGAGCAACACAGAUAACUACUACAUGAACAUGGGAGUUGACCCCAUAUCGUGCAUUCUUGUCUGUGGUGAUGACAAAGGAGCAUUAUGGGUUUACAACGUUGCUGACUAUGUCACUGGUAAAGUUAGCAGUCCGCUCACUGAGGGGUCACAGCUACCACCAAUUGAACCAGUAAAAAUUUUAGACUGGCCUGAACUGGAAGAUGCAGAGGUGGAGAAAGCUCGCAAGUUACGACUAGACACUUAUGAUAUAGUUGUUGAUAAAUGUGCAGUUUCACCUGGUGGCCAUCACAUUGUUGCUGUCACUUCCAAUAAUAUGGUAUGUAUUUGGAAAAGAGGCAAAGAAGAAGAUGGUGAUAAUUAAGAAAACUACAGUAAUGAACAAAUUAUAAAGUAUUUGCUGCCAUUGUGCACCAGUGCAAUUACAAUUAAGCUGAGUACUUUACUGUAGUGCUGACAAGUGGGAAAGUUUUGUCUCUUGUGAUAGUGGACUGAAAUGUCUUUGAUGGUUAUGUAUGAAAUUUAUGGAAAAGAUGGCAAAGAAAUGUAUCAUGAAGUUGUCAUUACUGUACUAAACACCAAAUUAUGUACUGUAAUAGAAGUACAGUAUAGUAGCUAAAUAAAUUUUGAAUUCUUUGUCAGGCUAGUUAACAUUUGCUUUAUGCAAAUGAUUUUUGUUUAUAAAGCAAAAAACAACAAUUGCUGCCAAAUGUAAUUGAAAUAUUUUUUUGUAGCUAAAUCAAGUUUAAAUUGAAAAGAUGUGUAAUUUAUCUUUGUAUUGAUAUUUAAUCCUCCAUACAGCAUAUCUCAAAAGUGAGAAUAUAAUUAAGUUGUGAAACAUGUAGUCUACCUCUUCACUACCAGUCUCUCUAAUUCCCUUAAAAGUUUUAUGUACAGGCAUCCCUCGGGUUACAGAAGGGUUCCGUUCCUGAAAAUCUUUCUGCAAUGCGAAAUUCCAUAAUGCGAAACCAUUUUUCCCAUUGACUUCCAUUAUAAAAGUUGAGAUGUAUUUCUAUGGGAAUUUUUUUGAGGCCCAAGAACGUGACACAAGCAGAUAUACGUAUGAAAUUAGACGGUUUUAACCACAUUCAGUGAGUCAUUCAUGAUGUUACAUGAUAAUAAAUGAACAAAACACUCCAAUUUUGCUUACCAGAAAUGCAAAACCUUUGUUGUUAAUUCACAAGAUGUAGAUGGAACUUCUGGACAGGUGUCCUCCUGUUCCUCACCAGCAGCUCACUCCUGUUCCAUUAACAUAAGAUCCUCAUUGGACAGAUCCUCUCUGUGUGACUCUUAACAGCUCAACCACACCAUCCUGAUUCACUUGGUCGAACCCUGCACCAUUUGCUAGAGUUAAAAUUUCCUGCUGCACCUGAUCGAAGGUCUGAACCUGGGGAAAACUUUUGAAAUCGUGGACACAGUCUGGCCUGAUGGUCUUCCACACCAUUCAUAGUUGUACAUUUGACCACAUCCCAUCACUUGGCAAUGUUUUCUGCAGCAUUUAUGAUAUUAAACUUCUUCCAGAAAUCUCUGACUGAUUACUGAUCCUUGCCAUCAUUGCACCUGCAAGUUGUCUAAAAGUCCUGCAUAAAUAUUACACAUUAAAGCUGGCAAUCACACCUUGAUCCAUAGGCUGGAGCAAGGAAGUUGUGUUCUUGGGCAGGUAUUCAACCCUGAUAUUACUGGAAAGAUCAUUAAGGUUCACAGGGUAACUGGGAGCAUUAUAUAGAAGUAACAAGGCUUUGUUGGCAAUAUUUUUUGGUUACUGUACCUUUCUACUACAGGUAAGAAACAGUUUGUAAAUCAAUCUUGGAACAGGCUGUCAGUCAUCCAUGCUUUCCUAUUAGAGCGCCAUAUCACUGGUAACCUAGAUUUGGCAUAGGCCUUAAAAGCCCUUGGAUUUUCUGAGUGGUACACAAGCAUGGGUUUUAAUUUCAAAUCUCCUGCAGCAUUACCCCCUAACAGAACCCUUACAGAUCUUUGGAAGCCUUAAAACCAAGAGCUGUUUUCUCUUCGGUUUAAAGAAAUAUCCUGGCGGGCAUGCAUUUCCAAAAGAGGCUUGUUUUGUCAACAUUGUACACUUGUGGUGUGUAUCCAUCAGCCUCAGUAUCAGCACUGGCUGCUUCACCUACCAUCUUAAUGUUUUGUAGGUUUGAUCAUUUCUUAAAUACUCAAAACACCCUUUGCUGGCACUUAAAGUUUUUUCAUUAGAACUAGCACCUUGUUUGUGACUUAAAUCUGCAUACAGCCUCUUAGCUUUUUUUCUGAAUUACCUUGGUGUUAAUGGGCAUAUUUUGCUUGGUCUGGUCCUCAAUCCACACACUGACUAAGCAUUCCAUUUUUAUCAUAACAUCACUCCGAUGAAAAUUUAGUGUGCUGGCUGACAAUGGAGUAGCAACUUCUUCACUAACCCUAAUUUUGUCAUUGUUAUCACGGAUUGUUCCGACAGUGGAGGUAGUAAGGCUCAAAUUCUUGGAAAUGUAACUCGGCUUCUCCCCAUGUUCAAACCUCUUAACACUGCUAGCACUUGCACUGAUGGCCUCUUUCCACUCAUCUUAAAUAAGAAUAUGUCCAGAAAUUGGCACAGCUGAUCAUGGCUGGGGAAUCAAAUAUACUGAAACUGCCUUGUGGCUACCACAGAGUAUUCACAUAAAUUAUUUUUACAGUUUUGGUAACGUAGGGGAUGCCUGUACAGGUAACUCGCGUUUGAUUUAAACGUUUUUUGAAUAACGUGAUUGUUCAAUUAAUACCAAAAGGUAAUUUAUGCGCAGUUAUUUUUUAAAUAACGAGUUCAAAGCGGUUUAAAUUUGCCACGUGUGAUGCCAGGUGAGGUGCUUGUAAGUUAUGACUAAAGUCGCAGUCAUAUCAACAUCAACGAUUUUAAUAUUAUUAAUAAUAAUUAUUAUAAUGUAAUAAUAACGGUUAUUACUACUAAUGAUGAAACGACGUCCAGCAAGCUUCCCGCGUAUUGCUUUCUCAGCUCACACCAGCACUACUUUUUCUCUCUGCUUUCUUUUGCAUUGUGUGUUUAUCACAUACCUUUUUAGUGUUAAAUGCUGUUUACCCCAUUGAGCAUGUCUGGAAAACGUCCAUCUGCCUCCUCUGGGGCGCCUAAAGCUAAAAAGGCACGAAAAACAAUCGCAACGGAUGUGAAAUUAAAUGUGAUCACCCACCUUCACAGAGCAGAG